CCGGUUCAAAGAGGAAGGAAGAUGGCGGAUAACAAAGGCGAAGGGGAUACGGAGAACGACACUGCCAUGGAGGUAGUGGCACAGGGAGAAGACAGUGGAUCCACAACAGCUAAAGAUACCGAUGGCGUGAUUGUCAUAGAACCUGUAUCAAAGGAAGAGGCGGACGGGCCAUCCCAAGAUAAUGUUUCCCAGGUGUCGACACCCACAGACACCAACGGGAGCAACGUUAACGUUAGCAGUGACGGAGGAGGUGGAGAAGGCAGCAGCAGGACUAGCCCAAAUGGCAACUCCAGUUCUGUGUCCACGGUACCACCAGCUUCUGGUGAAAACACCGGGAAUUCGCCCGCAGUUUCAACCGAAACGUCGCCCUCUCCAUCAACCAACGCUAACGUUACAGCUGCAGCCACCCCUGCAGCCCCGUUAAACCUACUGGAUACGUGCGCUGUGUGUAAACAAAGUCUACAGAAUCGAGACUGUGAACCUAAACUCUUACCAUGUCUGCAUUCGUUUUGUUUAAAAUGUAUUCCUCAACCCGACAGACAAAUAACGGUUCCAGUCAACGGACCACAUGGACAGGACACACACAUUGUGAAUGUGAUGCGAUGUGCGGUGUGCCACCAGGAAUACAAACAGAUAGACAUCGUUGAUAACUACUUUGUCAAGGAUACCUCCGAAGCCUCUAACACAUCAGUCGAAAACUCAAUGCAGGUGUGCACGAGUUGUGAGGACAAUGCAAGUGCAGUGGGCUUCUGUGUAGAAUGUGGAGAGUGGCUUUGCAAGACCUGCAUUGAGGCGCACCAGAGGGUCAAGUUCACCAAGGACCAUAAGAUACGCAAAAAAGAAGACCUGUCCACAGAGGCAGUGGGGGCGUCGGGGCAGCGACCCGUCUUCUGUCCCGUACACAAACAGGAACCGCUGAAGCUCUUCUGUGAGACGUGUGACACACUAACCUGCCGAGACUGUCAGCUACUAGAACACAAAGAGCACAGGUACCAGUUCUUAGACGAAGCCUUUCAGAACCAGAAGGGCAUCAUUGAGACCUUUAUGGCAAAACUCCAGGAGAAGAGGAACUUUGUCCAUUUCUCUGCCAGUCAGGUGCAAAGCAGGCUUAAAGAGGUUACCGAGACGCACAAGAAGGUUGAACAUGAGAUUAAGAUCGCAGUGUUCACCCUCAUCAAUGAGAUUAACAAGAAGGGAAAGUCUCUUCUCCAGCAGCUGGAGAGUGUGACUAAGGAGCGCAGCAUACGGCUGCUCAGCCAGCAGAAGGACAUCAGCAGUCUUGGCCAGCAGAUCCUCCACGUGCUCAACUUCACACAGUGGGCGCUCACCAAUGGCAGCAGCACCGCGCUGCUCUACAGCAAGAGGCUGAUCACCUUCCAGCUACGGUACAUUUUGAAGGCCCGUCUGGACCCAGCGCCUCAGGCCAAUGGUGCCGUGCGUUUCUUCUGUGACCCCACCUUCUGGGCCAAGAAUGUGGUCAACCUUGGCAACCUGGUGAUUGAGAAGGUGGCUCCGGCCCCGCAUCCACCCAACAUGAUGGGCCAGAUGGCACCGGGCCACAACCACCACGGCAAGUACCCAGGCCAGAUCAACCUGGCCCAGCUGAGGCUGCAGCACAUGCAGCAGCAGGCCGUCCUGGCCCAGAAGCAACAGCACCAACAACACCAACAGCAGCAGCAACACCAGCAACACCAACAGCACCAGCAACAGCAGCUCCAGCAGCACCAACAGCAGCUCCAGCAGCACCAGCAGCAGCAGAUCCAGCAGCAGCAUCAGCAGCAGAUCCAGCAGCAGAUGCGCAUCGCCUCGCAGUUGUCCCAGAUGCCCCGGCAAGGAGGGCCUGGGAUGGUCCAGCAGCAGCCCCCCAGACUCAUCAGCAUGCAGAGGGGCGACGUAAACGGCAGCCCCCAGCACAUGUACCCACCCCAUGCCCUGCGGAUGCCCAGCGGCCAGGUGCGCAUGUCCAGCGCCCAGCCACGCCUCGGUGGCCAGCAGUACCCCAUGAUGCAGCCUCAGCUCCAGAGACAGUUUUGGAGUACUGAGAAUCACAGUACCAACUUGUGUGCCGGGCAUUCUAACCCAGGGCAUGCUGGUCCGUUUCCCGUGGCGUCGCUGCACAACGUGAGCGCCACCAGCCCCACGAGCCCCACGAGCGCCAGCAUGGCCAACGCUCACGCGCACCGCGGACCCACCAGCCCGAUGGUCAGCGCCAUCGAGCUCAUCCCCUCCGUCACCAACCCGGAGAAUCUGCCGUGCGUGCCCGACAUCCCGCCCAUACAGCUGGAGGACGCAGGGUCCAGUAUGUUAGACAGCUUCCUGAGCCGCGUCAUCUCCUCCAGCACACACCCGCUUCUUCUCAACUCCGUCGGCAACAUCAACACCUCGCCUGCGCCCUCCAUACACUCCCCCGGCUCAUCAGGGUUAUCUAACUCCCACGCCCCAGCUCGCCCCUCUAGCACCUCCAGCACAGGAAGUCGGGGCAGGUUGGGCUCGGCGGCUCCCCCUACUGGUGAGCUAGUGAAGGUGAAGCAGGAGCCAGGCGUGGAGGACGAGAGCCCCUUCUCAGUGGCCAGCGUCAAGAGCGAACUCGGCAAGGACGGGCGCCGCAGUGCCUGCAUGAUGAGCAGCCCAGAGAGCAGUAGUGCCACGCCACCUCUGCCCGUCCUGGGCACUGUGUCGUCGGGCUCGGUGCAGGACAUGCUCAAGUCGCUUAGUGACAUCGUCAAGAGGGAGCCCCAGGACAGCGCCAGCGGCUGCAGCCAGGCCAACAGGACAUCCACCGCCACGACGGCCUCCUCCUCCUCCUCCUCCUCCUCCUCCUCCUCCUCUACCUCCUCUUCCUCGACAUCUCAGACGCCCACUGCUCCUCCCCAGUCCCUGACCAAUGGCAACGUGGCGGAUCCGGCAGCGGCUUCGACAACAGCGGCGCAGGCCAAUGGCGGCGCGAGCAAUCAGAAUGUGGGCGGAGCUACGGAUGGGAGUAAGGAGGAUGAUCCGAAUGAGGACUGGUGCGCCGUGUGUCAGAACGGGGGCGAGCUGUUGUGUUGUGACCGGUGUCCCAAAGUCUUCCACAUCACCUGCCACAUCCCCACACUACGCUGUUUACCGAGUGGUGAGUGGAUGUGCACAUUCUGCCGGAGCCUGGCCAGCCCUGAGAUUGAGUACAGCUGUGACGACGAGGCGCCCAAGAAGGACCAGAGCGAGCAGGGCCUGAGCCCCGAGGACCAGCGGAGGUGUGAGCGCUUGCUGCUCUAUCUCUUCUGCCAUGAGCUGAGCCCGGAGUUCCAGGAGCCUGUGUCGUCAACGGUCCCCAACUACUAUAAGAUCAUAAAGCAGCCGAUGGCCCUGAACACGGUGAAGCAGAAGCUCCAGCUGAAGCACCCGCAGCACUACCGCAGCACAGCCGAGUUUGUGGCCGACGUGCGCCUGGUCUUCAGCAACUGUGCUAAAUACAACGAGAUGUCUCGCAUAAUCCAGGUUUAUGAUGAGGAGAAACCGAUUAAUGUGCAGGCGGACUCGGAUGUGGCGGAGGCUGGGAAGGCCGUGAGUCUGUACUUUGAGGAGAGACUGAAGGAGCUCUACCCUGACCAGAGCUUCCCCCUCGCCCCCGACCACGACCCCUCAACAGACAAGGACAAGGAGAAAGAGGAAGCGGGAGCAGCAGCAGUAGACGAGGAGGUCACCGAUGACUCGGACGAUGAUGUACAGCCGAAACGCAAGCGCUUAAAAACGGAGAAGCCCAUGCAUAUAAAGUGAGAACAAGCAAGAGAGAGAGAGAGCGAGAGAGAGAGAAAGAAAGUGACUGAGCCCCCAAGCAUGGGAAAGAUGGAAACUCGGAUUGCCUGCACACGAACGUGAAGAAAGGAAUGGUCUUCCUUUUCAUCACCCCACUCAUUCUCUUCCUCAGACUCUAUAGGUCAUGUGCUGGACCUGCUGGCGUAUAUCAAGUUCCAGUGCUACUUCUUAUUCUCCCACUAUGAAAAAUGCCUUGUUAUAAAAGAAUAAAACUUUACAAAGUAAAGAGUGUACACCGAGCGGCAAACUGAAACUUUCAUGUGCCCAGAUGACAUAGAUGGCUGUUGACAGAGGAAUUGCUUACAGUUUUGGGACUGUUUUGGCAGAUUAAAUUAAUUAGUCUUUUUUAUUAUUAUUAUAAUUAUUACUAUCAUUUAUGAUGCUGUUUGUAAAUCUGUUGUGAACAAUGCUUUAUAAAAGACCAUACUCUCUCAUCCCCCAAUACCCUGAUGUAUUAUAAAGUUUAACAUUUAAUUGCCUACUGGGUAUUUGUAUGUGUGAGUGUGUGUCUGUGUGUGUGCGCCUGUAUGUUUGUGUGUUUGUUUAAAGUUUAAUCGCUGUAAAUAACAGAAACCAUACAGAAACAUGACUAAAGACUGGUUGUUUGGUCAUUUACUUCAAUAAAAGGUUAGAAUGCAAUGUUCCCUGUAAA